AUGUAUGUAUAUCUUUCUAUUACGGGUCCAAAAUAUGAAUACUUACUUUUUAUAUUCAGUUCUCUUUUUUUUAUCUUUGUCCUUUCUUCUCUUUUCCCGACACAAACACAAUUUCACACACUGUCCGGCUGUAACAGAGGUAUACACUUUCUUCCUCUCUUUGUUUUGCCCUUUUCUUUCCUUCCUUUUUCUUCUGUAGACAGUUCGGUUUCCAAACCCGACUCACUGCAACAGGGAUAUCCACUUUCUUCCUCUCUUUGGUUUUCUUCUUUCUUUCCUUCUUCUUUACACAAUUCAGUUUAUAACAGAGGUAUACACUUUCCUCUCUGGUUUUCAUUUUUCUUUCUUUACACAAUUCAACUUGUAACAGAGGUAUAUACUUUCUUCCUUUCUGGUUCUCCUUUUUCUUUUCUUUACACAAUUCAACUUGUAACAGAGGUAUACACAUUUCAUCUCUGGUUUUCCUUUCUCUUUACACGCAGGCUGAAUCCUCAACGUAUAAAUUUCUCUGCGUCUUCAAUUUCGAACAGGAAUACUUCUUAUAUUUCUUGUCCGGAGUUGCCUGGGUUGAACUGGAUGGGUUCCAUCACUAUCAAAUGA